AUGAGUGGUUACGAACAUUCAAGCGCUGGCUCGCUGUAUACAUACGACACGACCGAUGAUUUCGGUAACGAAGCCUUCGACACUGCGUUUUCAGCAUGGAGCUAUAUGGAGGAUCAGCCCAGCAUCGCCAACAAGUACCAACAAAGCCCUAUCGCCCUUCGUUUCACCGCAACACCUCUCCGCUUCGAGCUUCUCGUCGGCAAUGUCAAGCUAUCGAUCCUCGGGGAACAGUAG